CGUGAUCAGGGUCAUGCGACCAUUCAGAUGAGGAUGAGGACGCGUAAUCCAAUUAGGAAGAGGAGCAACAUGUUUGUUAGGACUCCUAAGCUUCAAGCAAGGUCAGGAUAUAUUUGUGUGUGAGCUUCAACCGGGAGAGAGUAAAUAAGAGAGUGCUUCAUCAUGUCCAUCAUCAAAAUUCACGCACGAGAAAUCUUUGACUCCCGUGGGAACCCCACAGUAGAGGUGGACCUGUGCACUGCUCAAGGUCUGUUCAGGGCGGCAGUGCCAAGCGGAGCAUCGACUGGCAUUUAUGAAGCUUUGGAACUGCGGGACAACGACAAGUCUCGUUAUCUUGGCAAAGGGGUCUCUAAGGCUGUAGAGCAUAUCAACUCAUCAAUUGCACCAGCGCUUGUUGGACAAGAUGUGUCUGUGGUUGAGCAAGAGAAAAUUGACCAGAUGAUGAUUGACAUGGACGGCACAGAAAACAAAUCCAAAUUUGGUGCUAACGCCAUUCUGGGUGUGUCGCUGGCGGUUUGCAAAGCCGGCGCCGCAGAAAAAGGGGUCCCUCUUUAUCGUCACAUUGCUGACCUUGCAGGAAACCCGAAGGUCAUCUUGCCUGUGCCGGCCUUCAACGUGAUCAAUGGAGGCUCCCAUGCGGGCAACAAACUUGCCAUGCAGGAGUUUAUGAUCCUUCCGGUUGGCGCCAGCACCUUCAAGGACGCCAUGCGCAUUGGAGCCGAAGUCUACCACAAUUUGAAAAAUGUCAUCAAGAAGAAGUACGGCCAGGAUGCCACCAAUGUGGGCGACGAAGGCGGCUUUGCCCCAAACAUCCUGGAGAACCAGGAAGCACUGGAGCUAAUAAAGGAGGCCAUCGCCAAGGCAGGGUACACAGAUGAGGUGGUGAUCGGUAUGGAUGUGGCAGCCUCUGAAUUCUACAGAGAGGGAAAAUAUGACCUUGACUUCAAAUCUCCCGACGAUCCAUCUCGCUACAUCGCUCCUGAGGAGUUGGCUGAGCUCUACAACAGUUUUGUUAAGGAUUAUCCAGUGGUGUCCAUCGAGGACCCAUUCGACCAGGACGACUGGUCGGCGUGGAGCGACUUCACUGCCACGACAGACAUCCAGGUGGUCGGCGACGACCUCACUGUUACCAACCCGACUCGCAUCUGCAAAGCCGUGGAGGAGAAAGCCUGCAACUGUCUGCUGCUCAAAGUCAACCAGAUCGGCACCGUUACCGAAUCAAUGCGAGCGUGCAAGAUGGCACAGGAGAGCGGCUGGGGAGUGAUGGUGAGCCAUCGCUCUGGAGAGACAGAAGACACUUUUAUUGCAGAUCUGGUGGUUGGCCUCUGCACUGGACAGAUCAAAACUGGUGCCCCUUGUCGCUCGGAGCGUUUGGCCAAAUACAAUCAGAUUCUUAGAAUUGAAGAGGAGCUGGGAGAUGAGGCUUGUUUUGCUGGGAAAAACUUCAGACAGCCCCUGGCAGAGUAAAUGUGGCGUUUGUAAUCCUAUCAAUCUAAUCAAUAAACCCUAGCUAGAAGCUGCUAGAAUUUAAAGCUAAAUGUUUUUUUAAUGUGAAGUAAAUGAUGAUAGAUGAGUUAUGCUAUUCACAGCCACUCAUUACAAAUAAGGCUGCUUGUGAAGAUCUAGUCAAUAAAAGACAAUUGCUCAGUGACAA